UUGAACGCGAGAGCGCCUUUCUUUCUAAAUCAAUUAGCCUGCAACUUUCCGUCAUAUACUAACACACAGAAAACGUGUUUUAUAUGUAACAUGGACACGCAUUUAAAGAGUCAAUUGCAUGUAAAUAGUUUUAUCUACAAACGGUCACUGGAUCGAAUCAUAGACAAGUAUUCAAAGCUUCAUAACCAGGAUGGGGGGAUAGAGGUGGACCUCGACAACACAAAAACGCGGACACUUGAACGUUACAUGGAGAUGUCAAAAAUAGAGCUGAACAAGCUGGAAUCAAAGAGCUUGACAGAUUUGAGAGAGGAGUCAAUAGGAGAGCAGGACAUUACGAGAAACUCCCUGUUGGACUUUACGUGUCAGGAUAGUGGAGCUGAUGAGACUCAUGUAUCCACCAGCCAGAUUUCUGGGGAUGAUGAUGGGAUGCCUAGAAGUGACAUCACUCAGCUGACUGUGAGCUUGCUGGAUGAGAGUCAGAGAAACUUUUCUGAAACAGAGCUCCAGCCUGAGGACCAAGACGAGGAACUGGAAAUGACUCUGAGAAGUCAUGGCAGCUCUUUUGUGGAGCUCUACCCCAGCAUGAUCAGUCGAAUAGAGAAGGCCUGGCAUCGGCAGAAUGUCUCUGAGGCUGCCGACUCGGUGCUGAGGAGGUACCGCAGAUGGCGACAGCAGUCAAACAGAGGCAAUCUCAACAACACCUUCAACGUCACGCUGAGGCACAACAACAGCAACCCAGGAAAGAUAACCAGUAAAACGCUGCUCAAGAACAACGUCAGCAGCCAACGGAACAGACAGCUCCUGAGGAAUGAAUCUGCCCCUCGCUCUCCUUUGCAGUUGGUAACCAAUCUGCAGGCUUUGCAAGCACAGCAGCUGUCUCCUGAGAGGGAGAGAGGCUCGCUGAGAAGAGAGCAGCACCAGCCUAUCCUCGUGAUGGACCUCUUUGGUCCCUCUGAGAUCACUAAACCAAAAGAGGUCUCAUUGAAUGAGACCUUCACAGUGUCUGAACUGUCCCAGCUGGGAGAACAGCCCUGCACUUACACUGCCAGUCCUUCACAACAUUGCUAUCCCACUUCAAAAGCAUGCUUGGACCAGUCUCUUAGGUCUAGAAGGCUUUCUCUCUCUGCGCAGACACAUUCAUGGAGCACCCAGCAGCCUGCUGGGUGCUUCUUGAAUGUGUCUGAUAUCACUGUUAAAGAAAGACCUGACAUCUAUGGCUCUCCAGUCAGGCAGAGUCCCUUAAAAGCGAGAAUGAUGACCAGCCUCAAUAGAUCACCUCACGCUUUUUCCAGAAGCCCCAAAGAAAAUUCAGUGGAAGGCUUUUCUAGAGAGCCUGUCAGGCCCAGAUCAAUGUCCACGUCUCUGUCCUCCCCUCCACAAAAGCCUCUCGUACCUCCGAGGAUGCUUUGCCCUCAAGAGUCCCAUCUCUCCCUCCGAUCACCUCAGUCUGCCACAGCAGGUCGUCUCAGGCUCCGGCGGCACCUUUCUUUUGACUCCUCCCUGCCAUCGAUCCGUGUCUCCUACUCACCAAAGAAGCUUGACGAGGACUUUAUAAAACUCUACCACAAGUUCGUCUGCCAGAGCAAGUCUUCUCUCUUUAAUAGCCCUGUCUGCCGUCUCUGUGCUAGAAGCUCUGAGGCCAGCAGGGGCCACUCUACCUCAGCUUUGGCAGCUCUGGCCUUGUCGCCUCACCGCUCCGUCCUGAGGAAACGCCACAGGGAGUUAGGCUGGGGUGACCAUCCCCAGUCCAAACGCUUCAGGGACGAGUUCUGCACGUCCUCCCCAGGCUCCAAGCGCCAUGGGAAGGAGAUGCUGAGGCGCUGCCUCUCUCCGUCUGAGCUGUCUCGUGAUGAUCUUGCCUAUAGCUCCAGUAAACACAGCAUGUUUAACAAAUUCAGCACACAGCAGCGCUCAGCAGAUGCACACCAGGAAGCCUGGAUGAGACGGGGUCGGCCUGUAUCUGCAGCUGAGUUUUCUGGCCUGGGAGGUUCACUUGAGAGCAGCAUGGCAAAUGGCUUCUCCCCCAGAAAACAGUGGUGAACAUCUGGAUUACAUCUGCUGAGGAAAGUCCUGCCCACAGAGGUUCUCCUUCAAGUCCCAGAGUGGAAAACAAUUUAGAAACUUCUCACAAAACAAAUGUCAAAGUAUCGGGUAAAGGUGUGAUGUUUCCAGUAUAAAACUGCUGAAAAGUAAAGUCCUCACAGUAACAGAACGGGUAACACUGGAAGUGUUUUUUUCUCAGCUGGUUUAAUUAACAUAUAAUUAAACUGCAGUGGAACUGUUGAGAAGUUAAAGCUGUAAGUGGUCGUGGCUGAGUUAUUUUCCAUCCUAGUUUAUUUUUUAUGGUUACUGUUAAUAUUAAUGUGACUGAUAUUAUUCAUACUCUUACGUGUUCUGUGACUAAAUUUUAGACUUUUUGUGCUGUGGUCAGUCAUUACCUAAGUUAACACGGCAUUGUGUUUAUUUCUUGUAAUAUAUGUUUAUGAUUAAAAUAAAAUUGUAUUUCAUGUGAAAAAGCUUUUUCUGAAAAAGAGAAAAAAAUCA